AUGUCUUCUGCUGCUGCUGCUCGUACAAUUGCCCGCUCGGCUUCUCGCUCUGUGGCUCGUCGUCAAAUGUCGUCCGAGCCCAAGAUGCACAAGGCCGACAAGUGGGCGGAAUUUGUGUCCAAGCGUCCUCCUAUUGACGAGAUUGAUACUCAUCUCUGCUUCCAUCCCCCAUACAAUGGUCCUGCUGUCGCCGCUGGUCUUUUUGCUGUCUUCUGCGCUGGAUACGGAGCCAUGGGAUUCGGAAUGUACCAUCAACAACGAAAGCAAGGUUUCGUCAAAUAA